UGGCCGCAUGCAGCUUGCACUGCUGCACACAGCGAGUGUCGGAGGGCAAAGCCACGGAUGCGCAGGAGUGUUCUUGUCCUUUUUCAUUUGAAGGAGAUACGGUGUCGGACGUCGAAAGAAACCAGGGAAUUUAAAAAAAAAAAAAAAAAAAAACAGGAGACGCUACACUUGAAUGUGAAAAUGGAGCUUCCCGCCGCGGGAGAGCACGUCUUUGCGGUGGAGAGCAUCGAGAAGAAGCGGAGCCGGAAGGGAAGGAUUGAGUAUCUGGUCAAGUGGCGUGGAUGGUCCCCAAAGUACAAUACAUGGGAACCAGAGGAGAACAUUCUGGACCCAAGGCUGCUUGAUGCUUUUGAAGACAGGGAACGUCAAGAGCAGCUGAUGGGCUAUCGCAAGAGAGGACCGAAGCCCAAGCACCUUCUGGUUCAGGUCCCUUCUUUUGCCCGGAGAUCCAGUAUACUUGCUGGCCUUCAUGAGUCAUCCCUGCAAGAAGACAGCUGUCACAACACCAGUUCAGUUCCAAUGCUGCGUCCCCAGAGCCAGCAGUACCAGCUGAACAGCAAGAGGCACCAUCAGUACCAGCCCAUGAGCCGAGACGGUGAGACGGAGCCGCACGCCAAUGGCAAGAAGUUCUACUAUCAGCUCAACACCAAGAAGCACCACCACUACCAGCCAGACCUGCAGGUGUGCGAGUCUGUGUUUGCAAAACCCAGAGAGGUCAACGCUCCGGAGCAGCCUAUUAAGGGGUACAAUCUCCCCCCUGUGCUGCAGCAAAAAUGGUUCCGGGACAAGACUUCAGGCGUCUUGACUAAAGUAAAGGACAUCACCAUGGAGCUGAAAAAGCUCCCUGCAGACCUCAAUGGUCACAAAGAACUAGAGAAUGCAAAGCCUAAAGACCAUGCAUCAGCACAGCAGCAUAAUUGUGUCAGUGGCAGUAAACUAAAAAUUGUGCAAAACAAAAACAAGAAUGGACGGAUUGUUAUUGUCAUGAGCAAAUACAUGGAAAAUGGAAUGGAGGCGGCAAAAGUCACAAAUGGUGAAUCCCAGUCUGUCGAGACAUUUUCGCAAGGAGCAGACAAUACAGAAAGGCACCUCGAGAAGAUGAAGCUGGUCAAACAUCUUGGCCUCGUUAAUGGAUUUGCAGAGAAACCCAAAGCCGUCUCCAAAUUCACGGGAGAUUGUACCAAAGAAAAUGAACAGUCCGCCCAAACUAAGCUCGCUGUGACGGAACAGGAUAAAUGUGUUGAGGUCAGGGGUCAGUGUCUGCUUUCAAAGGAUCAGCCUUUACAAUUGACAACCAAGCCUAAUCUGCUCUCUUUGCCUGUGGACACUACGGUUCCCGCGUUCAGUGACAGAAAAACAACCCAAGAUGAAUUUCAAGGAUUAAAGCGACACCUUUCUGACACUGACAGCAAGGAGCAUGGGAGUAACAAGAGGUUUUUAAGCUCCCGCCACACAGUCUCCUCACCCAACCAAAGCAUUAGCACUCACCAAAAUGGCCUCCAGGGUCCCUUUGCAUUGCAGUACUGCGACUAUGCUGAUCGCGAUCAAGAGGAGCCUAUUGACUUGAGCAUUGUUAAGUCCAGGCCUCAAGUUGCCACUUCCGCAGCGAGCCAGCCGGAGCUACUCACACAGGAUGGAACACAGACCGACAUGCAAGUGAAAGAGCAAACUGAAAGUCAGCCGCAGGCUGGAACACAAAAGAUUGCAAAUGUGGACACGCUUGAUUCGUCGCUUGUUGGUGACCAGGAAAAAGGGAAAGUGGAGAUGUUUCCCUCUUUCCAGCCGUUCCUUGGGAAUAUCGUCAUCACAGACAUAACUACAAACUGCCUCACAGUUACCUUCAAGGAGUAUGUUACAGUGUAACUGUGUACAUGUGCAUAAAAUAUAAUUGUAUUUUCAAAGGCUUGAAUGUGCAAACAGAACCAGUUUUAUAUAUAUAUAUAUAUAUAUAUAUAUAUAUAUAUAUAUAUAUAUAAUUUUGUAUAGCUCAAAAAGACAAGCAUUUGGAUUCUUUAUUUGCUUAUUUCCUGCAUGAUAUUAUUCAUUUGUUGUGACUUUAUUAUAUGCAGUAUUUCAAACUUAGUUCAGAAAGCAAGGAAAAGAAUGUUAGAACUAACUGAAAAUGCACUUACAUUCUUGUUAAUGUUUUUUUUUUGCAAUUUCUGCUCUCUACAGUAUACAGUCAAACACUUGUAAAGAAUAUAGGCUUUAUAGAAUUGUUUGUACAGAAGAAAUUUAUAUUGAAACAUGGUCAAAUACACUGUAUGUGUGCGUGUGUGCUUGCGUGUUAGCAAAAAGUGUGAAUACAUGGACAGAUACGUGCUGUUUGGAUACGUGUUUAAAACGAAUAAGAAAAGCACCUUUUUCAACAAGUGUCAUUUGUAUUUUUGAGGAGGAGUGUCAAAUGAAACUUUAUCAAUGUUGCUUAUGGUUUGAUUUGUCCCUGUUGGUAUUGUCUGACACUGCCUCGGCCACUCUAAGAUGGUGCAACCAUGUACGUAUUUAAUUUAUGAUUUGCAGCACUGCAGUGUGAAUUCUUUGUGUGAAAUGUAUAACAAUAGUUGAGCUGUGUAGUCCAUUCGAUUCGUACCACCAGCUGGGUAAUCCAUCAUUUGACUCCACGCUCUGUGCGGCCCACACAUCUGUGUAGCGGGUUUUGCGUGUGUUUCGUAAGCACAUAUCAAACCCUUAUUGAAUAUCUUUGAUGACAGUGGUAAUUUAAAACGAUUCUACAAGCAUAUCCAGAGGUUCUCUUGUAUCUUACUGAAUGCCUCUCACUUUAUAUGGCAUGUUUUCACAGAAAUAAUCAUUACAACACGUGAUUUGUAUCCAGAGGGUGCAGUGAUGUACUUUCAUGUUUUGUGUGCAGAGUAAGCGAAUGCUUCCUAAACAUUUUUGCAAUAAUAAAAUUAUUUGCAGAUUCAA